AUGCCGAAACGAAUAGAUCGUGGAUGUGGUUUUUUAUCAAAUUUGAAAGAUCUUGUAGGUGACUCGGACGAAUUGGUGUUUGUUUUCGACGGGAAAAAUAGUAUUGAAAACGCCAUUGCCCACCUAUUUCCUCGGGCUCACCACGGGUGCUGUGUUUGGCAUAUGGAAAAGAAUUUAAUCCGGCAGUACAACAACGCAAGUUCAAUACUUCUAUUCAAAAGAGCCGCAAGAACUUACCAGACCGAAAAGUUUGAAAGUCUUAUGGGACAGCUUCGUAGUGUAAGUGCAAGAGCGUACAGGUACUUGGAGAGAGCAGGUUUCCCAUUUUGGUCACGAGCACUAUUUGUUGGCCAAUGGUACAACAUUUUGAUCAACAACAACGCAGAAUUUUUGAACUCAAUGUUGAGACAUGCCUGUUUAUUACCGAUCACGUGCUUAGUGGAAUACAUUCGGCAUACUAUGCAGAAGUGGUUUUAUGAACGUCGAGCCAGUGCAACUGUAUGCAGUACCGUACUGUCACCAACGAUGGAGAAUGAGUUACGGACGACGUUCGAAGCAGGUACUACGCUGCGAGCGCAUGGCUUGACUGAUAACUUAACACAAGUUGGAAUAUCCAACGAUACGGACAUGGUAGACUUCUCCGAAAAUACGUGCACUUGUCGUGAGUUCCAACUGAAUCGUAUGUUGUGCGUUCAUGCAACCCGUGCUGCUUGCUUGAUAGGUAAGUCAUUGUACGAUCUCUGUUCACCAUAUUACACAUCCGAGUACUGGAAGGGUGCUUAUAGAGAAGCUAUAUAUCCUGUUUUGCGUGAAGUGGACUGGAUUGUUCCAACCGAAAUUACAGGUACUCCUAUUAUGCCCUCCAGUGUACGUCGUCCUCCAGUACUCUUUCUUAUGUUCACAAUUACAGUACACAAAUAG